AAUUUUUAAAUAUCAUUUUUUUUCAUUAAAUUUUUAAUGUAUCCAGUUUUCCUGUCACCAAGGGGCGUGGUCACUUCACGUUUGCAAAAGGACACGUGCUGGAAAUGAGGUUUACUCGGCUCUGUGCUGUUUCUCCUCAGAUGAUUUUAGGAGCCGAAGUGGAAACAGGAGUUCACUUGAUUUAUGUUGUGAGCUCACAGCGACAAGAGUAAACGGGAAACACAAACUGAAAGAUCUUCAUGGUGACCGUUUGAUCUGAGGGUCCGGGGUCAUUGGGGGGCAGUGAUGGGUCGGAAGCUGGACCUGACGGGACUGACGGACGGGGAGGCGGCUCAUGUGCUGCAGGUGGUGCAGAGAGACAUGAGGCUCCGUAAGAAGGAGGAGGAGCGUCUCAGUGAACUGAAGCAGGAGCUGGACGAGGAGGGCACCCGCUGCCUGCUGCUGUCCAAGCAGACGAGCUUCAACCGCCGCUGCUGCAUCCGCUGCUGCUCGCCGUUCUCCUUCCUGCUCAACCCCAAGCGCCAGUGCAGCAGCUGCAGGUUCAACGUCUGCAAGGCCUGCCGGGUCUACCACAAGCGGGACAAAGUCUGGCUCUGCUCCGCAUGCCAGAAGAGCCGGCUGCUGAAGGCGCUGUCUCUGGAGUGGUUCUACUCAAACGUGAAGAAGCGCUUCAAGAGGUUCGGCAGCGCCAAAGUGCUGAAGACGCUCUACAGGAAGCACCUGGCGGAGCACAGCGCGCUGUCGGAGCUCACGGACGGCAGCGCCUGCGACGACAGCGUCUGCAAUGAGGGCAGCGUCUGCGGGAGCGACUCGACGUUCUACAGACAAACGGAAGAGCACACCAUGGCGGAGAUGCUCAGCGUGGCCACGCGGGUGGCGCAGGAGGCCAUAGAGGAAGCCAUCUCCAAGGCUGAAGCUGACACCUCCACCCAGGAGAAGCAGAAGGAGAUUCUGUAUCUGCAUGAACACAGAGCAGAGCUCGUCCAGGAGCUGGCCAAGACUAUCGUUGAAAAGAUUAUUAGCAGAAGGAAAACGUUGGCAGAGAUGAAGGCUCAGUUCGACCAGGACUGGUCCUUCAACCCUAACAUGGACCUCCAGCAUCAACCGUCUGAUCAGGACUCCAGCUCUCUGAGGCAGCAACCAAACCUCUGGAGAUCACACUCGGCUUUCUCCCUGUUGGACGAGGACCAAGCCGCCCUGAUCCAGGAGUCUUCCCCCGCCCUGCAGAAGGAGGGCGCCGGGUCUCCCUUGACUGGAUGGAAGAGCGUCGACCGACUCGACAACGCAGUACUGAAGAGUCCGGACGGGAACUGGCUGGCCCUGCAGACUGCGCAGAUGUCCCGCCCCGGCCUCCUGGCCAAGAGGAGGAGCCUGGUCUUCAGCGCCCUGGAGAAGGAGUCCGGAGUGAAGUCUGCAUACGAAGUACUGGACUCCGACAACGAAACCAAACCAGAACCGGACUGGGGGGCCGUCCUUCAGGAGAUCCACAGGAAGAUGACAGGCUCUAACCUGCAUCUCUGCGGCGACCAAAUGUCCCCGCCAGCGAGCCGCAACGACUCUGAGGGGAACUGGAAGUUUGGGAAACCUCUGCAGGCUCUCCUGAAGAAGAAGGUUCCUGCAGAGCUCAGGAAACCCUCGUCGUCCCGCAGGACCAGCAUCAUCGACGUGAACUUCAACCUGACAGGAGCAGGAGAGGAGGACGAAGAGGAGAGGAAGGAGCCAGGAGAGGAGGACGAAGGAGAAGUCAUUCAGUCUCAGAGGAGUGAAAACAGAGCUUCAGCUUUUUCUCCUUUAGAGAACGUCAGUCAUGAAAGCAGCUCAGACGCUGUGACCUCUGACCUCCUCACACCCGGCGGAGCUUCUGAUCUGGAGGACAGCGUCUCAGGAAGAGGAGGAGGAGAUGAGCUUCCUGAAAAGAGCGAUGAAGACAGACGAGUGGACGGGAGGAGAGAAGGCAGAGAGCAGAGUGAUGAAGAGGAGGAGAGGUUUGGUGAGGAGAGUGAUGAAGAGGAGAUGACAGGCAGACUGUACAGACUUGUCGCGCGCUCCAGUCUCUCGUAUUUCUCCUCCACUGAGGAGGAGUUGGACAGAGAGGAGCAAAGCGAUGAAGAGUGGAGCAGAUCCAUUGAUGUGGACAUGGAGGAAGAGGAGAAAAGACCUGAGGAGGUCACCUUCAGACUGUGUCGGCUGGAAAAAGGAGUCGGAGCGACGCGGUUCUCCUCCACCGAAGACGAGCUGGACCGGAGCGGCACUGAAGAGGAGCGUCUCUCCAUGAAAGUCUGCAGAUUGGUGAAUCAAAUCAACGCCGCUCAGUUCUCCUCCACCGAGGACGAGCUGGACCGAGCAGGAGUCGACGAAGAGGAGACGGACGAGGGGGCGCUGUGGACGCAGCCGGAGAGAGACCGUCUGCGGGAUUUGGCCAGUUUGGUCAGCGCCUCGCAGUUCUCCUCCACAGAAGAUGAGCUGGACAGAGCCGGGGAGAACGAAGGAGGAGCCGGGAGGAGCGAGGAGACGGAGGAGCUGUGGGGAGGCGCAGGGUUAACAGGGAGCAUAGACAUGAAAAUGUUUGAUAUAAGGGAUGAAGACGGAGGCGGUGAGGAGACGUUUGAGGGAAACUUCCCCUCUGGAGAAGAAUCAGAAGUCCGGAUGGAAACAGAGAAGGAGGCGGGUCCGAAAAGGUGGAUGAGUGCAGCUGAGAGUGAUGAAGAGGACCUGGAGUUUGACAGAAUCAUCAGCAGCAUGUUGAUGAUGACUCUGGAGGACAUGCGGGUGGAAACCAUGCAGGACGGCAGAGGAGCAGAUGGAGACCAAGAUAACGGACUGAAGGAGGAAGAUGUGAAAGUCACUGAAGGUUUUAGAGCAACGUCGGAGGAAGCUGGAGAGAAACAGGAAGCAGCUCCGUCAGGUUCUGUAGUCCAGAACCCGGCAGAGACUCCAGACGUCUGGCAGGGAGAGAAGCUGGAAGGAAACCCGAUCAUGAUGGAAGAUCUGGAAUCAUCUCCGACUCCAGGAGAAGCUGCAGACUCUGAGAGGAUGGAGGACAAACAGGACAGAGCAUCCAGGGAAGAAGCAAAGUGUUUUCUGUCUCCAGAGGAGAUUCAGGAGACGUACUCGGCGGCGUCUCUGCGCAGCAUCACCACCGAAGUGCUGAAGGUGCUGAACGCCACUGAGGAGCUGCUGCAGAGAGCAGAGGGAGGAGACGGCCGAAACCCCGCCCCCUCGCUGCCCCCGAACGCCGACCCCAAAAAACUGGACCAACAGUUCUGCCAGCUGGAGGAGAGCGUGUAUGUGGCGGCCAGUGCGGCCUACAGCCUGGAGGCGGAGCUUGGUGAGCUGGAGGAGUGCGCCCGAGGCAUCAGCAGCUCCACCCCCGACAUGGAGCUCUCCUUCCUGGAGGAGCGGGUGGCGGCGGCGGCUGCAAAAGUCCAACAUUCUGAGCUGCAGAUCUGCGACAUCUCCACCAGAAUCGCUGCUCUGAAGAGCGCAGGCCUGAAUGUGGACCCUCGGUCCGGCCUCUCGAGGACCAGGUCUGCCUGUGACCCAGCCGUGACGCUGGACUCCUCCAGACAGCUGAGGCGACGGUUACCUGCAACACCUGUGCGAGAAAACAAGAAACUCUGAAGCAGCGGCGCUCUGAUGUACGACGUUACCUGAACUCGUCAUCACCUGGAGCCUCCCGACACCGUCCGCCUCAAAACUUUGUUUCCUGUAACGACUGACAGUUGAUUUAUGUGAUAAAACAUGGAUCAAAUAAC